CCUCACCACAUCUUCCCCUCCCUUUCAUUCACUGCGUUUACUGGAGCUGACCUCGUUUUAAAGAGCGAACAAAGCUGACUUUACAUAGGAAGAACACGGUCUGCUCCACUUGCAGUUGAAUGGAAAUAAAGAAGAAUCUGUGACCUUGGAAGAUGAAGAUGUUGUUGCCAUGGAAACUCUUAAUCCUGUUGUCACUCAAGAGCUGCCUUGCAGAGAGAAUUAUUCGACAUGGCCCGGUGUUUAGCCAGGAGCCCAGUGACAGUGUUUUUCCUUUGAGUGGUGAAGACAACAAGAUAUUUAUCAACUGCAAAGCCAAGGGGAGUCCACCACCACAUUACAGGUGGAAGUUCAACAGGAAAGAUCUUGACAUUGACAUGGAAAUCAGCUACAAGCUUGUUGAAGGAAACCUAUUGAUCAACAACCCACAGGCGACGAAACAUGGAGGAGUUUAUCAGUGCAUCGCGUCUAAUGCAUUUGGGACCAUCCUCAGCCGGGAGGCUAAAGUGGAGUUUGCAUAUCUGCAGAAUUUCAGCAGCAAAGCCAGAAGUCCAGUAUUAGUACGGGAAGGACAGGCCGUGGUUCUUCUGUGUGGCCCACCGCCCCAUUUUGGAGAAAUCAGAUACUCUUGGAUAUUUAAUGGCCGUCCCAGCGUUGUCGUUGGGGACAACCGACGCUUUGUUUCCCAGAGAACUGGAAACCUAUAUAUUGCAAAAGUGGAAACAUCAGACGUAGGCAACUACACAUGCGUGGUGAGGAACAUGAUGACCAACACAACCGUCUACAGCUCUCCAACUCCAGUAGUGCUACGUCGGGAUGCUGUGAUGGGGGAAUACGAGCCAAAGAUUGAAGUCCAGUUUGAAAAAUCUCUCCACGUUGCCAAAGGAUCAUCCGUUAGACUGGAGUGUUUCGCUUUAGGAAAUCCGGUGCCUUCAAUCUCUUGGAGGAGAGCAGAUGGAAGCCCCUUUCCUGGAAAGAUGAAGAUAAAUCACUCAAAUGGGGUUCUAGAGAUUCCAUAUUUCCGUCCGGAGGACGCUGGACUUUAUGAAUGUGUGGCUGAAAAUGCUAAAGGACGCAAUGUUGCAAAAGGACGUCUUGUAUUUCAAAAUGCGGAGCACCUGCAGUGGGCACAGACUCUGUUUGAUGCAAACAAUGCCAUUGAGGCCGAACUUCACUGGGAAUGUAAAGCUAAUGGAAAACCCCAGCCGGUUUACAGAUGGCUCAAGAAUGGACAACCUUUAGUCCCUGAGGACAGAAUCCAUGUUGAUGGUGGCAGGAUAGCCAUCUCUAACAUAGACCUGAUGGAUUCUGGGAUGUAUCAGUGUUUGGCAGAGAAUGAGAAUGGGAUCAUAUACGCCAGCGCAGAGCUCAAAGUUGUCGCCUCUCCUCCAGACUUCUCUAAAAACCCAUUGAAGAAGACCACACUGAUCCACAGAGGCGGAGAGGCCAUCAUCGAAUGCCGACCGCAUGCAUCCCCUAGAGCUUCCUUCUCCUGGAGGAAAGGCAACGAGUUCCUGAAAGACGGCAAAAGGCGAACCAUCCUAGAAGAUGGAACCCUCAGGAUCACCAACGUUACCAAAUCCGAUGCGGGCAGGUACACUUGUGUGGCCAAAAACCCUUUCGGUACAUCCAGCACUUCCGGCGCAUUAGUGGUCAAAGAACCAACCAAGAUAACAGUCCCUCCAUUGAGUAUGGAUGCCACCGUUGGGGAGAGCAUCGUCCUGCCAUGUGAAGUGUCUAAAGACUCAACUUUGCACCCUUCAUUCAAAUGGUUCUUCAACGGGAAGCUCAUCGAUUUUAGCAGGCACGAUCAUUUCGGCAUGAUAGGAGGGGGAUCCUCUGGUGAUCUCAUGAUCAGAAACGUGCAACUGAAGCACUCGGGAAAGUACGUCUGUAUGGUGCAUACAGCGGUGGACAGCGUCUCGGCUGCGGCAGAUCUGAUUGUUAGAGGGCCCCCUGGUGCUCCGGUGGGCGUGCUGGUGGGGGACAUCACAGACAGGACUGCUCGGCUCUCGUGGGGCCCUGGACCUGACAACCACAGUCCCGUUACACUGUACAUUGUGCAAGCCAGGACCCCAUUCUCUAUCGGCUGGCAGGCGGUCAAAACUGUUCCUGACUCCGUGCCUGGACUGAUGAUUCAUGCAACAGCGGUGGAUCUGAAUCCGUGGGUCGAUUAUGAAUUUCGAGUUGUGGCAAUUAACAGCGUGGGGGUGGGAGAGCCCAGCGUGCCAUCCAAACCAGUCCGCACCAAAGCUGCAGAUCCCGAAGUCGCUCCGGCGAAUGUGAGCGGCGGGGGCGGCAGCCGAGGUGAACUUGUAAUCGUUUGGGAGCCUGUGUCUGAGGAGCUCCAAAAUGGAGAAAAAUUCGGCUACAUUGUAGCAUUCCGUCCACUUGGCAGCACUACAUGGAAACAGAGCAUAAUUGCCUCAGCCGAUGCUUCACGAUACAUUUAUAAAAAUGAAAGUUUACCUCCACUCACUCGCUUUGAAGGAAAAGUGGGCGUCUACAACAGUGUUGGAGAGGGACCAUUUAGCCCAGUGGUCAUCGUAUAUUCAGCAGAUGAAGAACCUACUGUAACCCCCUCAAGAGUGUGGGUCCGACCCCUCUCAGCGUCCGAAAUCGAAGUGUUUUGGAAACCUGUCCACCAAACUGGCAGCAAAGGAAAGAUUACGGGUUACGAGGUGCAGUGGUUGGAGUAUGGGUCCCCAGAGAGUGAUGCUGAGAGAGUACGGGUGACAGAAACCUCGGUCAACAUCACCGGUCUGAAAGGAAGCACGGCGUAUCUGGUGUCAGUCAGAGCCCACAACAGCGCAGGCACGGGACCCGCCAGCGUCCCUGUCAGCAUCACCACGAAAAAACCACCUCCGAGUCAACCUCCAGGGAACAUUGAGUGGAACCUGACAAACUCAAAGGUUUUUCUGAACUGGGAACACGUGAAGGCGAUGGACAAUGAGUCACAAGUGACCGGGUAUAAGGUUGUGUAUCGUCAAAACUGGCACAGGGGAAGCAGUGUGGUGGAGACCAACAGGACUUCUGUGGAGCUUCAGGUGCCAUCAGAAGAGGACCUGCUGGUGCAGAUCAAAGCCCUGAGUGAUGGAGGAGACGGCAGUAGCAGCAGUCCUAUACUUAUACCAAAGAUGUCGAGUCUGAACUCGAAAGGAUACUUCAGAUCAGAUGCAAGCAAGAUGGCCCAUGUUCACGCAGUCGCGUUUCUGAUGUUGUCGUGGAUGUUUUCGUAAGACUUUGCCUUUACAUGCCGCUCACGAACAAAACAACGAUUAACUGGAUGUGAUUACAUUUUACUUACUUUAGUUUUUAUUAAGAUAUAAAAUGGUGACUCUUCUCCAUCGCCUUAUGUUUUAACGUUUUUAUGUAGAGCUACUUGUAUUUUGUAUGUGGAAUAUAUGCAAAAAACAGGCUUUGCCAUGAAGCUACUCAUUUUGUUUAGAUGUUCUAAAUCUUAAAUCAUGGAAUGCAGUAGUGAUGUGGAACGUUGGGUCUCCAACAAUAUUUGGGGGAUCUUGGUUUUGGGUUAGUCAAAGAAAUUAUAAUUCUGUAUAAAAUGGACAUUUAGAUAAAAAACGUGAAUUGAGUUGUUUUGCCUAAGCACUACAAUAAGAGAUAUUGUAUUGAUUUGCUGUUUAGUGACAGUUUGGGUUAGUAUGUAGACAGAUUUGCACAGAUUUCUUGCUGCUCUGAUAUUUUCCAAAGUUAUUUUAUUUAAAAAAAUUUAAUGUCGGCAGUUUUGAUAACAAUCAGAAUUUAUUUACAUUUAGCACAUAUUCAUAAUUCAGUUUACUUGUGAUAAGAUUCAUCUUGUCAGUCAUCAUUGAUCGUCCUAAGGGAAUAAAUAUCAAGACAGAUAAGCAUAAAAAGUAGUUAUUUCCCUGAUACGAUAUAUACAGUAGAUGCUUUAUCAUGUCUGAUAAUCUGUCUUUUAAACGUCUGAUGAGUUUGUCUGUUUAAAAAAUAGAUCUAGACACCACCCAACACAACUCGCCCAGAUAUUCUGUUAUUUUUAUGGUUUUCAUGGAGUAUCAGAAUUGACUACAAUAUGUAUUUUAAUGCAAUUUUCUGUCAGUAACUGUACAUUAACAGAUACAAACUUUGUUUUUACUUUGUAU